AUGGGAUCGAUUGAUACUAAGUUUGUUUUGACGGCAGCGGCCCUCGACAAGGCCCUGCCUGAUAUGCACCCUUCGACAAGAGGAGUUCACGCCGACGACUUCUUUACUCCACACCGAGCUAUCGCUCCUGGUAUGCACACAGCAGUGAAUUUCCGUUACGCACGGGACGCCGAGGACCUAGUUCCAGAAGAAAAUAACGAUCCCAACAACCCUAAUGAUUCUCAUGUAUAUUCCCGCUACACGGCACCCAACUCCAAACGGCUGGAGGUUCUGUUGCGUAGCCUCAUGGGCGGCGAAGUGAUCACUUAUUCAACUGGCCUUUCUGCUUUCCAUGCCAUGGUGAUCCUCCUGAAUCCCAAGAAGAUAUUCAUCGGCGACGGGUACCAUGGAUGCCAUGGAGUGCUGGAUAUUAUCCAGAGAUUAUCGGGGAUCCAAAAGCUAGACUUGGCAGACGUCGACCAAGCUGGGCCCGGGGAUAUUAUUCACGUCGAGACACCACUUAAUCCGACCGGCGAAGCUCGCAAUCUGGCUUAUUAUCGAGAGAAAGCGACCUUAAAAGGAGCCUAUUUGACUGUCGAUGCGACGUUUGCCCCCCCUCCGCUCCAAAACCCACUGGACCUUGGUGCUGAUAUCGUGAUGCAUAGUGGGACCAAGUAUGUUGGUGGCCACUCCGAUAUGUUGUGUGGUAUAUUGAUCGUUGCUCCUGCACGAGUGAAGGAGGGAUGGUUGAAGACAUUACACACAGAUCGCCAGUACAUCGGUAGCGUCAUGGGGAGCUUUGAGGGUUGGUUGGGUAUUCGGUCUGCGCGCACCAUGCAGCUCCGGGUGAUGAGACAGGCGGAAACGGCCACGAAGCUUGCUGCAUGGUUGCAGGGACAGGCAGAAGAUUCAAAGUCUCCAGUCUCGAAAGUUGUGAGCAAGGUUCAACACGCUUCGCUUCAGAAAGAGGACUUGGAUGAUGGAUGGCUUCAAAAGCAGAUGCCCGGAGGCUUUGGGCCCGUCUUCUCUAUCUGGACUCAUAAUCCAGAGCAUGCACGUCACCUGCCCAGCCGGAUGUUUGUGUUCCAGCAUGCAACGAGUCUUGGAGGCGUGGAAAGUUUGAUGGAGUGGCGUACGAUGAGUGAUGCUGGAUGCGAUAAGCGGUUGCUGCGGGUCAGCUGUGGUAUCGAAGAAUUUGAAGAUUUAAAGGCCGACGUUCUGCAAGGAAUGGAGUCACUGCUGCGUGAUUUCCCAUGCUAG